AUGGCGAGUUCCUUCACCGUGCUUGCUGAUUUGAAGGCCGUUUGCUGUUUGAAGACCGGUCGCUGUUCGACCUCAGCCGAGAUUCGUCUUCUGCGUUUCCUGAGACUAUUUAACCGAGACGAUGUUGAUUUGUUUGGAAUCGAUGAUGCCGUGGCCAAAUUAGGAGUUGAACGUUGGCGUAUAUAUGAUGUCGUCAAUAUAUUGGAGAGUGUUGGGGUUUUAUCUAGAAAAGGGAAGAGUCUUUACUCUUGGAAAGGUUUUGUUCAGAUUCUUCGCUCUCUACAUCAACUCAAGAAGAACGUUCGAGAGAGGGUUUUGGCAUCUUGA